CAAAAGUAAAGAUGAGCAGGCAGCCAAUGACAGUAAGUCAUUCCUGAAGUUAAUGAAGUUUGAAUGGUCCACAAAAGUUACAAAACUAGCAAUAGUCAAACUUCAGAUUCGUAGCUUCAACAAGGAAAAAUGUCUCCCUGAGCCAGAGGACAUUAUUAAGAUUCAAGAAAAGAUUCGUAAUGACAUCAAAAACUUUGAUGAAAAGGACACAACACCACAGAACUUCAGAUUUGCUGCAGAAGUCUCUCAGGCUAGAUUGUUGCUGUAUAACAAACGUCGAUCUGGUGAAAUAGAGGGCAUCAGGGUUAAGGACUAUGUUAGAAGGCAGCAAAGUGUUACAAAUGUGGAGAGGUCAAUGAGAGCAGAACUCUCAGCACUAGAAUAAAAACUACUGGAAUCUCAAGAUCAGAUAGAAGUUCGUGGCAAG